AUGGAGCCCAGGCAGGCGGACGUGUCCAUCCCGCUGCAGUCCUCCGGAUGGGGGGCGGCCGCCCCCGGGCCCCGGUCCGACCCGCAGCCCCGGGACUACGUGCUCUGGUCGGUGUUCAAUGUGCUGCUGUGGUGCGCGCUGGGCGGGCUGGGCUGCCUCGGCUUCCCCGCGCUCGUCUACUCCAUCAAGGCUCGUGACUGCAAGUUGGUGGGCGACCUGGAGGGCGCCCGACGUCACAGCGACCGAGCCAGGGUGGCGAACAUCAUCUGCUCCGUGGUGGUCGCCGUCGUCGGGCUGAUCUUCAUCAUCAUCACCGCCAUCUUCAUCUCCACACUCAGAGCCACCUGACCCCCGCCUGGCCCCACCCGCGGGGUGCUUUCCCCCCUCCCCUGCUUCC